AUGGACUCCAACGAAGCGUCGCGCCUGCUCCAGGCCCGCAUCUCCCAACUCGAGCAAGAUGCCGCCGGCGAGAAGGACCAGGAGCUGGAGAUUGGUAUCGAUCAUCUCACCAAGCGCUCGAGCGAACUACUGGCCGACAUGCGACGCCUGGAACGGGAGAACCAGAAGAACAAGCGACGCGGGGACAACCUGCAGAAGGAGCGAGAUACUAACCGUACCGAACUGAGCAAGACGGUUGGACUCAAGGAGAAGCUUGAGAAGCUCUGCCGCGAACUUCAACGAGACAACAACAAGAUGAAGAAUGAGAACAAGGAGCAUCAAACGACGCAGAAGCGCAAUAAUGUUGCGUGGGACGAGAAGUAUGCGACCUUGCUAUCGAAACUCGAGGGAUACCAGGAAGAGAAAGACACACCACGGAAACAGGUUGUGGACAUGGAGGUCGACGAACUGUUCCGGGUCCGCUUCAAGUCCUUUAUCGAACAAUACGAAUUACGAGAGCUGCAUUUCCACUCCCUGAUGCGAACGAAGGAACUCGAGGUCCAAUACCAUAUGGCCCGGUACGAGCGCGAGAAGAAGAAUGCCGAGGCCGAGUCAACGAAGGCCCGGCACCUACAAGCGCAAGUCCAGGCCUUCACCAAGACGGAGACGGAGCUGAGGAAUCAACUCAACGUCUACGUCGACAAGUUUAAGCAGGUGGAGGACACACUGAAUAACAGCAACGACCUAUUCUUGUCGUUCCGCAAGGAGAUGGAGGACAUGUCCAAGAAGGGGAAGCGUCUGGAAAAGGAGAACGAAGCCUUGAAGAGACAGAAGGAAGCCACGGCCACAAACAUUAUCCGUAUGGCCGAGGAGCGGCAGGAGUGGAAGAAGAAGACGGAGGCCGCAGAGAAGAAGACGGAGAAGCUCAUGAGCAUCAUCCAGCAAAUGCAGCAGCAGGGCCGUAAGGUGCCACCGAGCAUGAACAACACUGUGGAAACCUGUUAUUCGGACGGCCACGGUGGCGAAGGCGACGAAAGCGACUACUCCGACGAAGAUGGUGACGACGAAGAAGUUAGCGAGUUCGACGACGACACCGAGGAGGAGCCGCAGUCCAACGAACAGGGCGUCCCACGCCAAACCGUAACCAUGGACUUUCUCCAGCGCCUUGCGCGCUUCCUCGAUCGCCCGCUCUUCCCAUGGAAGCGCCUCAUCAUGGGCUUCUCGGUCGGCCAGUACCUCUUCGAGACCUUCCUCACCUUCCGCCAGUAUCGCAUUCUCCAGCAGCCCAGUCCCCCCGCCGUGCUCUCCAAGGAAGUCUCCCAGGAGGUCUUCGACAAGUCCCAAGCCUACGGCCGCGCCAAGGCCCAGUUCAGCAUUGUCGACGGUCUUUACAGCCAGCUCCAAAACAUCGCCUUCAUCCACUUCGACGUCCUUCCUAAGCUCUGGUCCUGGUCUGGUGACCUCUUGCUCCGAUUCGCUCCCGAACGCUUCACCGGUGAAAUCAGUCACUCCAUUGUCUUCGUCCUGACCUUCAUGGUUGUCGGCCAGAUUCUCCGCCUACCCUCGUCUAUCUACCAUACAUUCGUCCUCGAAGAAAAGUUUGGCUUCAAUAAACAGACUCCCCAGCUCUUUGUUACCGACAUGCUCAAGUCUCAGCUCCUGACCUUUAUCCUCGCUCCCCCGAUCCUCGCCGGUUUCCUCGCCAUCAUCCAGAAGACUGGAAACCAGUUCUUCUACUACCUUUGGGCCUUCGCUGCUGGUCUCCAGGUCUUCAUGAUUACCAUCUACCCGAUCGCUAUCCUGCCUCUGUUCAACAAGUUGUCUCCCCUCGAGGAUGGCAAGCUCAAGACCGGUGUUGAGGCUCUCGCUGCCAGCCUCAAAUUUCCCCUGCACGAGCUCUACGUCAUCGACGGCAGCAAGCGCAGCGCCCACUCCAACGCCUACUUCUUUGGUCUCCCCUGGAAGAAGCACAUUGUCAUCUACGAUACUUUGAUUGAGAAGAGCGAGAGCGAGGAGGUCAUCGCUGUCCUUGCCCAUGAGCUUGGUCACUGGAAGUUGGGUCACACGACUAGCCUCUUCGGCAUCUCCCAGGGCCAUUUGUUCUACAUCUUUACUCUCUUCUCUGUCUUCAUCAACAACAACUCCCUGUACUCGGCCUUUGGCUUCCUCAAGGAGCACCCCAUCAUCAUCGGCUUCAUCCUCUUCUCUGAUGCCCUCUCGCCUACUGACCUCCUUGUCAAGUUCGGCAUGAACAUCAUCACCCGCAAGUUCGAGUUCCAGGCCGACGCCUUUGCCAAGCAGCUCGGAUACCCCGAGGAGCUCGCCCGCUCCCUCCUCAAGCUCCAGAUCCAGAACCUCAGCACCAUGGAUGCCGACUGGAUGUACGCCAGCUACCACUUCUCUCACCCCCACCUUUCUGAGCGCCUUAAUGCCCUCGGCUGGAAGGGUUCUGAGGGCGUCACCGAGGGUGUCCCCGACAAGUCCGCUGAGGCUGACAAGGAGGGUGUCGCCAAGGUUACAGGUCGCGACGAGCUGUAA